AAUGAAUCACCCAUACAGCGGGUCGGCAAGUUAUAUCUACGCGAAUGGAUACGCCCCUAGGCCAAGCUGGUAUGGGCCGUAUUCGCAUAUGAGGAGUUUCGCUCCGGACAUGUCCUCAAUGGAGGCUUUCCCGGCCCAGUGGGUCCCGCCAAGUUCGAAUGGACAUGUUUCCACGGAGCAGUGGCCGUGGUUGGGCGAAAAGGAUAUGCUGUCGUUCAGUGAUCCGAAGCCUAUGUAUGUGUUGGCGUUGAAGAGAUGGAGACAGAGGAUUCGUACUCGCGUGUUGUGUGCGGUGCGCAAAAUGAGAUAUUGGUAUAUAGGACAUUGAUGUUAUCCUAUUAUUAUUGUAUAUGUGUUAGUUCAGAGAAAGAUAUCGGCAUUAAUGGGGUAGUGGUAACCUGGGUCGUUGCCAUGUGAAUGUCGACCCGCCGGGGGUUCGAUUCCCCCUUAAUGCACUAUCGAUGAUAGUACCAAG